UAAAAUGAAUUUACAACAACAACAACAGCAGACAAUCGAUUCGAUUGUCAUUGAAUAUUUGAUACAAAAUCAACAACGUCUUUCGAAAUUAUAUCCUGAAUUUCGUCAAAUGAAAUGGACAAUGAAUAAAUUGAAUCGAUCUAAAAAUGUUAAAUGUCCUUCAAUGAAAGAAUUGUAUACCAAUUGGUCAUCGAAUAUCAACAAGAAAGAUAUGAAUAAUAAUAAUGAUAAUAAAUCAAAAAUGGCCCAAGAUUCAAGUAGUUCGGAUGAUUCAAGCGAUGAUGAUAAUGAUGAUGGUAAAAAAAAUAAUUCUACGAUUAAAAAACCAAUAUCGAUACAGCCACCACAGAAAAUUAAUAUAUCAUCAAAAAGACCACGACCACAAGAAUCGAGUUCAGAUGAUUCCAGUUCCGAUGAUGAUGCUGAUAAUGGAAAUGGAAAGCCACCAUUGAAAAAGGGGCCAGCUGCAGUGAAACCGAUGCCUGUCGUAAAACCAAUAAUGCAAAAAACUACAAAAGCAAUGGAUAGUUCGUCAUCAGAUGAUAGUUCUGAUGAUGAUGAACCUCAACGGAAAAAAUUAGCAACUUCAGCAGCAUUGGUAAAACAAUCUCAAAUUUCUAAAAUGAAUUCUACACCAGCAAAAAAAUCAACAAUGAAAAUUACACAAGCAAAAAAACCGGAAUCAUCAUCAUCCGAUGAUAGUUCUGAUGAAGAGAUUCAAAAUGUAAUGAAAACUCCAGUCACACCGAAGGUAAUUGCAAAACCAACAUCUGUAAAAAAACCGAAUGAAUCAUCUUCAGAUUCAUCCGAUAGUUCAGAUGAUGAUCAACCAACAAAAAAAUCCACAUCUGCACCGUUGGUAAAAACUCCUGUAGUUGCCACACCAAAGUAACACCGGCUAAAAACAAAAGAAUCCUCUUCGGAUUCAUCUGAUAGUUCGGAUGAUGAUCAACCAGCAAACCCGACUAUUAAAAAACCCACAACAUCUACACCGUUGGUAAAAACUCCUGUAGUUGCCAAACCGAAAGUAACACCGGCUAAAAAGGACUCAUCGGAUGAUUCGUCUGAUGAUAGUUCAGAUGAUGAUCAACCAGCAAAGCCGAUAAUUAAAAAAUCCACAUCUGCACCGUUGGUAAAAACACCAGUAGUUACCACACCGAAAGCGCAAUCGGCUAAAAAGCCAAAAGAAUCCUCUUCGGAUUCAUCUGAUAGUUCGGAUGAUGAUCAACCAGCAAAGCCGACUAUCAAAAAACCCACAACAUCUACACCGUUGGUAAAAACACCCGUAGUUACCACACCGAAAGCGCAAUUGGCUAAAAAGACGCAGGACUCAUCGGAUGAUUCAUCUGACGAUAGUUCAGAUGAUGGUCAACUAACAAUUAAGAAAGUCAAUCCAGUAGUCAAAGCUACUCCUGUCUUACCAAAAGUAACACCGGCUAAAAAGCCAAAAGAAUCAUCUUCGGAUUCAUCAGAUGAUAGUUCGGAUGAUGAAAAAUCAACCAUUUCUGCUAAAAAACCGGGAACACCAGCUCCAGUAGUUAAGAUCCCCGUUUCAAUUGGACAAAAACAAACAUUGGCUAAAAAACCACAAGAUUCCUCAUCAUCGUCGUCGGAUGAUAGUGAUUCAGAUGAAGAAGCCAAACCUGCGUUGGCUAAACAAACAGUUGCUGUUAAAUCAAAUCUGAUGGCUAAAAUUUCUGUACAACCAUUUGUGAAAGGUACACCGACAACAAAAAAAGUUUCUUCAUCAGAUGAUUCGUCAGAUGACAGUUCGGAUGAUGAUGUUAAGCCAGCAACGAAGAAAACACCGGCAAAAUCAUCAACACCAAUCAUUAAAUCUCAACCGAUUGUUUCAGCGAAUAAAAAAGCGCAAGAAUCAUCUUCAGAUUCUGAUGAUAGCUCUGAUGAUGAUGAUGAUAAGCCAGCAACAAAAGUAACACCGAAUAUUGCGAAAUCAACGGCAGCAAUAACUAAAUCAGCGCUAAAACCAGUAUCAAAAGCUAAUGAAUCUUCUGAUUCGGAUGAUGAUAGUAGUUCUGAUGAUGAUGCUAAACCAACGAUUAAAUCGAAGCCAAAUGGAACAACACCUGUAGUAUUGGCAAAUAAAACAUUAACUGCCCAACAAAAGAAAAAAGUGGCCAAUUCUUCAUCAGAUUCAAGCGAUGAUAGUGAUGAUGAUGAUGAUGUUAAAACCAACGAUAACAAAUGGUGGUGAUGGUUUAAAAUCGAA